AUGAUGCUACCCAGGUUAACAGGUGCUCUCAGAGCUUUCUCCCCGGUUUCGGGCAAUAUCGACGCACCAGGAGAAAAUGACCAUGUCGUGCCUAGGUCGAGAAAAUCCAGAGGAUCACGGAAGGAGGGGAUGGGCUGGGAUGAUUUGUGUUUUAUCAUCGAACAAAACAGCUUGCAAAAAAAACACGAAGUUACAGCGGAACUACGGAAACUAAUGCACACCGCAAGGGAAAUAGUUGGUGGUGAUGCCUCACCAGAGACAGUAGAAAGUACAGCAGUGUUUCUGUUUGUAACUUUACAAGGAUGUGAGAAGGUUGGCCACCAAGAAACUAUUGAGCUAAAAAAUAGUCUGGGACCAUUCCCGGCCAAUGCUGCUUCCCAAGCAUGUAGCACAGUGCAAGAUAUCUCCAGGCAUAUUCCGGUGGAGGUGCUGGAGAAUUUACAUGCCAGAGAGAAAAAGCAGAAUUUUGAAUUUGGAAAGAAUAUCAAAUUCUCGUUUGAUUCAUUCAACGUUGAAGUUGAUGAAGAGGAGUCUGACGACUCUGACACAGAACACUACAACUUCACUAUGUCCUAUACGGCACCUGUUGCCGAACCGGUUGUCAAUAGCAACCAUGUCAAUAAGCGUAAACCAAAUGAAAUAAGUGGAAACUGGCUACGAUUGGAAGUGGAGAAGUACUACGGUGGGGAUGACGGUAUGACCGCACAGAUCUGGUGUGAGACAAUCUUUGAUGAACUUUGUUCUUCUAAAACCAAUGAUGAGCUACAAAAUGAUCUCUUUGAACUGUUGGGGUUUGAUAGAUUUGAAUUUAUCCAGACCUUGUUGUCAAAUCGUCACAAAGUGCUUAAUGCUGCUAUGAAUGGAGGGAAUAAGAAUUCAACCAAACCAGGUGAUGGCGAUGUAUCUAAACCAACUUUUGGAUGUCAGGUUACGAUUCAGACUGAGAAAGAAAAACAGCUAAGAAAACAGUAUAUGAAGGAAGAGAAGAAGUCUGCAAGGAAAGAUGCUAGAAUGGAAGAGAAUGAUUUUAUGGAUGAUUUUGACCCACAGCAGCUAAGAUUACAGAGAGAAAGGUCUUUACAAGAUGCGGGUAAAUCAACACUCUUCUCUCGUCCCCGGGUACACGUACCACAACAAGAGCACUAUCCAAAUGUUUAUGACUCAAUGAUAGAAGCACGUCUUUCAUCAUCGUUUAUUGGCGGCACUAAGAUGAGCCUGCCUAUUGGUUUUGAAAAGCAGAGUAAUAAAAUUUACGAAGAAGUUAACAUUCCUCCAUCUGAACCUGCUCCGGUACACAUCGGCAAGAAAAAAAUAUUGAUAAGUGAUUUAGAUGAGAUUAGUCAGUUAGCUUUUAAAGGAAUGAAAUCUUUGAAUCGCAUCCAGUCAGUCGUCUUUGAAACAGCAUAUCUCACAAACGAGAACCUUUUGAUCUCGGCGCCGACUGGUGCUGGUAAAACCAAUAUAGCUAUGUUGGCAAUACUACAUGAAAUCAAACAACAUUUACAGCAAGGUGUGAUCAAGAAAGAUGAAUUCAAGAUCAUCUACGUAGCACCAAUGAAAGCAUUAGCUGCUGAGAUGGUCAGAAACUUUGGUGGUAGACUUGCACCAUUAGGUAUCGCCGUGAAAGAACUGACUGGUGACAUGCAGCUGACGAAAUCGGAAAUACAGAAAACACAGAUGUUAGUGACGACCCCAGAGAAAUGGGACGUGGUGACUCGUAAAAGUACUGGUGAUGUGGCUUUGACGCAGUUAGUCAAAUUAUUGAUUAUAGAUGAAGUGCAUCUAUUGCAUGAAGACAGAGGUGCGGUUAUUGAAUGUUUAGUUGCAAGGACUUUAAGACAGGUUGAGUCCUCACAGAGUAUGAUACGCAUCGUUGGUCUGUCAGCAACGUUGCCGAAUUACUUAGAUGUAGCCAAGUUUCUACAUGUUAGUCCGUACUUGGGAUUGUUCUUCUUUGAUGGUCGUUUCCGUCCUGUACCGCUUGGGACAACGUUUGUCGGGGUGAAGACGUUGAAUCGUAUGCAGCAGAUGCAGGAUAUUGAUCAAGUCUGUUACGACAAAGCGGUAGAUAUGGUAGAGAAGGGACAUCAGGUCAUGGUAUUUGUUCAUGCUCGUAAUGCAACAGUCCGCACUGCGAUGAAACUAAGAGAAAUCUCAAAGAAUUCUGGGGAAUCGGGUUUAUUUGCUGCUCGGCAAAACUCUCAGUAUGGACACGCUGAGAAACAGGUACAAAGAUCUCCAAAUAAGCAACUCCGAGAGAUGUUUCCCGACGGCUUCGCCAUUCAUCAUGCUGGUAUGCUUCGACAAGAUAGAAAUCUCGUAGAGCGAUUGUUCUCUGAUGGACUCAUCAAGGUUCUAGUUUGCACAGCUACGCUGGCCUGGGGAGUAAACUUACCGGCUCAUGCUGUGAUUAUCAAGGGAACUCAACUGUAUGAUGCACACAAAGGUGCUUUUGUAGAUCUUGGAAUCCUGGACGUAAUGCAGAUAUUUGGCCGUGCUGGAAGACCACAGUUUGAUAGUUAUGGACAGGGUACUAUUAUCACCACUCACGAUAAACUCAGCCAUUAUUUAUCACUGAUGACUCGACAGAACCCUAUUGAAAGUCAGUUUACACGUACACUCGCUGAUAAUCUCAAUGCAGAGAUCUCUCUUGGAACAGUGACAAACAUUGAGGAGGCAGUCAAGUGGUUAAGUUAUACUUAUUUCUUUGUGAGAAUGCGUCUCAAUCCACUGGUUUAUGGCAUUGACUACAAGAAAAUACAGGAGGAUCCCACUUUAGAACAGCACCGUACAAACCUAAUCACAACUGCAGCCAGAGCCCUUGAUAAAGCUAAGAUGGUGAGAUUUGAUGAACGAACAGGGUAUCUACAUGCCACAGACCUUGGACGUACUGCUAGUCACUUCUAUAUCAAAUACAAUACCAUUGAAAUAUUCAACGAGUUAUUUAAACCAUAUAUGACUAGAGAGGAGAUAUUCUCCAUGAUAUCCAAAGCGGAAGAAUUUGAUCAAAUUAAGGUUCGUGAAGAUGAACUAUCGGAACUAGAAGCACAUGAAGAAUUUGACUGUGUAAUGCGAGCUGCUGGGGGUGUUGAAAAUGGUUAUGGUAAAGUCAAUAUUUUACUACAAACUUACAUAUCAAAAGGAAAACUGGACAGUUUCUCGCUGGUCUCUGAUAUGGCGUUUACGGCACAGAACGCUGGUCGUAUAGUUCGAGCUCUCUUUGACAUUGCCAUUCGGAAAGGUUGGCCAGUGAUGGCUGCUUUGACUUUACAGUUAAGUAAGACUGUAGAUAAGAGACAAUGGGACUUUGAGAAUCCACUAAGACAGUUUGGAACAUUAAGUAAUGAUAUCUAUAGCAAGCUGGAACAUAAGAAACUGACGAUAGAUAAACUAAGGGAAAUGAAAAAAGACGAAAUUGGUCACAUGAUACAUCACGUUCGGAUGGGUGAAAAGGUCAAACUGAAUGUUCAUCAGUUUCCAGCACUUUCUUUGGAAGCCUCAAUUCAGCCAAUCACAAGGACUGUUUUAAGAGUACGUCUGACGGUGACCCCUGAAUUCAAUUGGAAUGAUCGUGUACAUGGCGGUACUUCAGAACCGUGGUGGGUCUGGGUGGAAGAUCCCGAAAAUAAUCAUAUUUAUCAUUCAGAAUAUUUUUUACUUCACAAGAAGCAGGUAUAUGCGAGAGAACCUCAGGAAUUAGUAUUUACAAUCCCGAUAUUUGAACCACUGCCGUCACAGUAUUACGUCAGAGCUAUAUCUGAUAGAUGGCUGGGAGCUGAAAGCGUAUGUGCUAUAUCAUUUCAACAUCUCAUAUUACCAGAAAAACAUCCACCCCACACAGAGCUACUCGACCUGCAGCCCCUGCCAGUGACUGCACUGGGAGACCCACAGAUGGAAUCCAUGUAUAAAUUUACACAUUUCAAUCCAGUCCAGACACAGAUCUUUCACACUGUGUAUCACACAGAUUACAAUGUCUUACUGGGAGCCCCGACUGGAUCGGGGAAGACCGUAGCCGCCGAGUUGGCGAUGUUCAGAGUAUUCCAUCAAUAUCCUAAAAGCAAGUGUGUGUAUAUAGCACCUUUAAAAGCAUUGGUUCGUGAAAGAGUUCAAGACUGGAAAUUGAGACUCGAGAGUAGACUCGGUAAAAAGGUUAUUGAAUUGACAGGUGAUGUAACUCCUGAUAGCCGAGCCAUAGCAACCGCUGAUAUCAUAGUAACAACACCUGAGAAGUGGGAUGGCAUUAGUCGUAGUUGGCAAAAUAGGAAUUAUGUCCAACAAGUCUCAUUGCUGGUAAUAGAUGAAAUUCAUCUCUUAGGUGAUGACAGAGGACCUGUAUUGGAAGUUAUUGUAUCGAGAACUAAUUUUAUAUCAUCACAUACAGAGAAAACACUGAGAGUGGUUGGUUUAUCCACUGCACUAGCCAACGCCAGAGAUCUUGCUGAUUGGUUGAGUAUAUACCAGGUUGGUUUAUUCAACUUCAGACCUUCAGUACGACCAGUUCCACUGGAAGUUCACAUCUCUGGUUUCCCAGGGAAACACUACUGCCCUCGCAUGGCAACGAUGAACAAACCAACAUACCAAGCUAUUACAACACAUUCACCAAAGAAACCAGUACUUAUAUUUGUAUCAUCUCGACGUCAGACAAGACUGACAGCUUUAGAUUUGAUUGCAUUCCUGGCUGCAGAAGAUGAUCCAAAACAGUGGCUUCACAUGCCAGAACGAGAGAUGGAGAAUUUGAUUGGUGGUAUCCGUGACAAUAAUCUAAAACUUACCUUGGCAUUUGGUAUUGGUAUCCACCAUGCUGGCUUACAUGAACGGGACAGGAAGACAAUAGAGGAACUGUUUGUCAACCAGAAAAUACAGAUUCUGAUAGCUACCAGUACACUAGCAUGGGGUGUCAAUUUCCCAGCUCACCUAGUUGUCGUUAAAGGAACAGAGUACUAUGAUGGGAAGAACAAGAGAUAUAUGGAUUUCCCUAUUACAGAUGUUCUUCAGAUGAUGGGUCGUGCUGGACGACCACAGUUUGAUGACCAGGGUACCGCUGUCAUAUUGGUCCAUGAUAUCAAGAAACAUUUCUACAAGAAGUUCCUUUAUGAGCCUUUCCCUGUUGAAUCCAAUUUACUUGAGGUACUAGCAGAUCAUUUGAAUGCUGAAAUAGUUGCUGGUACAAUCACAUCAAAACAAGAUGCAAUGGAUUAUAUUACAUGGACUUAUUUCUUUAGAAGAUUAGUUCAGAAUCCAAGUUACUACGAAUUAGAAGAUGUUGAACAUGACAGCAUAAAUAAAUUUUUGUCUAAUCUCGUUGAGAAAGCGCUGGUGGACUUGGAGUCCUCGUAUUGUGUUGAAAUCGAUGAGGACAAUCGUGGUAUCCUACCCCAAACUCUAGGUCGUAUUGCAUCAUAUUACUAUUUAUAUCACAAAUCUGUGCGGUUGUUCAAAGAAAAACUGACGUCAGAUUGUUCAAUACCAGAACUUAUUUCAGUCUUAACAGAUGCCCAUGAGUAUGAUGAGUUACCUGUGAGACAUAAUGAAGAUGCCACUAAUGGAGAGUUAGCCGAGAAGGUUCCAUUAGAAGUGAAUCCAUAUUCCUAUGACUCUCCCCACACUAAGGCUCAUCUAUUGUUCCAAACCCACUUCUCAAGACUCCAGCUUCCAUCUACUGAUUAUGCCACGGAUACCAAGUCAGUGCUGGACCAGUCCAUCAGGAUUUUGCAGGCUAUGAUAGACACUGCUGCAGAUGAAGGGUGGUUAGUGACAUGUCUACGUAUAAUGCAUCUAGUACAGAUGGUGAUACAAGGAAGAUGGUUCCAUGAUUCUACGUUGAUGUCACUACCUCAUGUUGAAGUACAUCAUUUACACUGCUUCAGACCUGUGAAGGUUGCCCAUGGUUACCAAGGACCAAUAGAAUGUCUUCCAGAAUUAGUGACAGCCUGUAAUGGUAAAAGAAGUGUAUUGCAGCGUAUGCUAGAGAGAGAAAUGUCAGACUGGGAGAUUGAGGAGAUAUGGCAAGAACUGGAUGUUUAUGAGCUGGUAGGUGGAGUACGAAGAGAUGAAGAUUACACAUGUGUGCAUGCUGAUCAAGAAUACGUGUUACAUGUAGACCUUAAGAGACUAAACAGAGCUGAAAGUAGGAAGGAUGUGCGAGUUCAUGCUCCAAGGUUUCCUAAAGCUAAGAGUGAAGGAUGGUGGGUUGUGCUGGGAGAUAUAGAGAAUAAAGAGCUGUUGGCUUUGAAGAGAAUAGGACAUGUAUAUGGGAAUACAUCUGUGCCAUUAUCAUUCUUUACUCCUGAGAAUACAGGACGCGUUAUUUAUACGAUUUAUUUGAUGAGUGACAGUUACCUUGGAUUGGAUCAGCAGUAUGAUGUAUAUCUGGACGUGAUUGAGGCUGACAUCAUGGCACAGGUCAACACUGAAGUAAUGAUAGAUGAACUUGGAGAUUAAAAUGUUAUAUAUUUACAUACAGGUUGUAGCUACUAGCAUAUUUUACAUGGCAAUGUUUUCAUUGAAUGGAAUUGAAAAAAUGAAAUACAUUCAGUUUUAGAAUUGCAAUCAAGAUGCUGUCAGUUUCUUUGCUUUAGCAGUUGCACAUAAAUGACAUUAACCUCAUAUUAUAUUACAUCUGUCACUGUAACGCCAUAAGUUACAGCUUGCCGUAAUUUUGUGGUAUUGCAUCCUACCAUUUUAGGAAACGCGAAUUUCAAAUAUGGAAUGAUUACACAUGUGAACAAACAUGGCUGCCCCCAGGGUUU